AUGGAGAAGAUGGCCAUAUUAAGCCAUGUGGAAGGAGCUAAGCACUCCAAGGCAGUCAAAGCAGUUAAGAAGAUAUUGGACAUUCAUCUUUUUCGUCAAUCCUCAGUAAGAGAAGUGAUACAACUGUCAAGUAUGGAAGUUUUCCGGCAGCAUAAAGUAAGCAUCGACAUAGGCAGUGGACUUUGCUAUUUCCGAGUGGGCAGUCGUAGUGUGAAGGUCAAUCUUGUAAAGUCAACAAUAGAUCGUAAUGGCCAAUUACAGAAACAAGUUGAAGUAAAAUUAGUUUACCCACAAGUUUUAUUGAUAGAUAUUCCUUUCCUCGAACAAUUAGACACGGAAAUAAUUAAUGAACAGGCCGCCCACGAGAAGACUUCUUCUGAGAAAACAUUGAAGUCUCUUUUCAAUAAGAGAUCAAGAACUACAUUUGAGCUAACAAAGGAACAGAAGGCAGAUAUGCUGGAAGCAUUCCACUUGUUUGACACUAAGGGCACAGGAAAGAUUGCAACAAAAGAGCUUAAGAUUGUUCUUAGGGCACUGGGUUUUGAACCACAGAAGGAAGAACUUAGGAAGAUGAUUGCUGAUGUUGACAAGGAGGGAACAGGUUACUUGUCAUUCAAUGAUUUCCUGUUGUUUGUUACAAUUAAGAUGUCUGAGACUGAUCCAAAAGAUGAAAUUUUACGAGCUUUCCAUCUAUUUAAUGAUGAUGAAACUGGAAAAGUUUCUUUAAAUAAUCUGAAAAGGGUUGCUAAUGAACUUAAGGAAGACGUUACAGAACAAGAACUUCAGGAAAUGAUUGAUGAAGCAGACUUAGAUGGAGAUGGAGAAGUAAACCAGGAAGAGUUCCUACGAAUUAUGAAGAGGACAAGUUUAGAAUGAGAAAAAAUGCACUGACUAGCAGUGCUAUUUCAUAAAAAAGUGUUUAUUUGUUUAAAUGUAAUGUUUUUGAGCUGUGUAAUGGGUAAUUAAGUUCUUUCAUGAAGCUAUUAAUAUCUUAAUUUUUCCUGUAAUAGUUGAAGCUCAUUGUUGAAUAAUGUUAAAUGCUUUAACUGUUACUACUAAUGGUUUUGGGCAGAAUUAUGCUAUUAUCAGAAAGACAUAGAAAAAAAACCUUUAGUAAUAGACACAGAAGACUGACAGGUGAAACUUUCAAAACCGUGAAUCUGCUUUUCAGGCAAGAGAAGGUCUUGCUUAUCCCCAAUCUUUGUGGUCUUUUGCUGGAUAAGUGAACCAUUGACUUAAACACACACUACCUAUGCCAAGUUUUGAGUUUGGCGUGUGUGUGUCAGUCAUCAGCCACAGCCAAAAUAAAAUUCUUUUGAAGCAAUCCUAGACUGUGAUGUCCACCUGUAAAAACGCCUUAAUUUAUAUAAUAAAGGAAC